CAAAUAUGUGGUGCAUAGUAGUAGAAACCUGCAGAUUUGAACGCAUGUGGAUCACUGUAGUGUUUUUAAUGUUACAUGUCUGCACAUAUUUGAACAUAGCUUUAUUUCUAGUGCAGUUUAUGUGUCCCAUCUCCUGCAGCAUGCAUGGUUGUGAGGAGUGCUGCUCGGUGCUCCUUCAGUCAGACUCCACCCCUUUACGAGCAUCGGACACCUUCAGCACAACAAAGCAUGUGUCGCUCCGCAACAUUGUUUCUCCUGUGAACGUGCGGAAUAUAGGGAUUUUUGUCGGAUUUUUUGGUGCUGUUUGCUUCUCCACAUUGAUGCUAAUCCUAGAGUAGUGGCUACCAUGACAACAGAGGCAAGUGCAGUGAACGAGGCGGACACAGAGGGCAAGCAGAAGGCCAGCGGCGCCGAGCCCAAACCCGAACCGGAGAACAAGCAGAAGCCUGAGGCGGCAGCGGCCGAGCCGGAGGGGGAACCGUCGAGCAAGAAGGCCCAGGAGCAGGCCUCUGAGCCUGGGCCUGCUGAUGUAGCUACCUCCCCCGAGGAGGAGCAGCUGAAACCUCGUACCCGGACCUCUGCUGGCAAAGGCCUGUCUCGCCUCUUCUCCUCUUUCCUCAAACGCCGCUCACAGUGCUCCGAGGAAGAGGGGUUCGAGGCAGAGAAAGCCAGGGAGGAGAAGGCAGAUAAAGAGGAAAAAGCUGACAAGGCAGAAGAGGAGAAGGUGGAAGAGGUGAAACCUGAAGAGAAGGAGGCUAAAGCAGAGGAGGAAAAAGUAGAGGUAAAAGAAGUGAAAAAGAAGGAAGAAAAAGAACCAAAAGAGGAGAAAGAGGAAGAAAAGGUUGAGAAGAGGGGCAGUAAAAAGAAAAAGAAAGAAGCCAAGAAGAAAGUUGAGAAAAAAGAUGAGGAGAAGGUGAAAAACGACGAGGAGAAAAAAGAAGAGGAAAAGGUGAAAAAGAAAGAGGAGCAAAAGGAGGAGGAGAAAGCACAGCAGACUGUAGAAAAGAAGGAAGAAAAAUUGGAGACAAAAGAAGAAACACAGAAGGAGACUGCUGAAGUUAAAGAGAAGGGGGCAGAAGCUGUGAAGAAAGAGACUAAAGACGAGGAAAGAGUUGACAAGAGGGUUACAAAGAAAAAAGAAAAGGAGGAUAAGAUAAAGAAGAAGGAAGAGGAGAAGGCAAAGAGGAAAGCAGAGGAAGACGAAAGAGUAAAGAAGAGAGAAGAAGAGAAAGCAAAGAAGAAAGAGGAAGAAAAGGCGAGAGAGGCCGAAAAAACAAAGAAGAAAGAAGAGGAGAAGACCAAGAAGGAGGAGGAGAAAACAAAAGAGGAGAAGGCUAAAAAGAAAGAAGAAGAGAAACCAAAAGAGGAGUUAAAAAAGAAAGAGGAGGACAAGGCGAAAGAAGAGGUAAAGAAGAAGGAGGAGGAAAAGCCAGAAGAAAAACAGAAGAAGGAAGAGGAAAAAGGGAAGAAAAAAGAGAAGGGAAAGAACAAAGGGAAGAAGGAGGUGAAAGGGCCAAGUGAGGAGCAGGUGAAAGCACCGAUUGCAGCUCCAGAGCCUGAACUUAAAACUGAGCCAGACGCUGAACAGGCUCCAGAUCAGCACUCGAUAAGCAGCGGAGAGACACAGCAGGCUCAAGAGGAAAACAAGGAAGAAGCUGCGAUAAAGGAGGAGCCUGAAGUCGUGGAAGAAGUGAAGAAGGAGGACACGGAGAAAAAGGAGGAAGAACCAGCAGAACAGGAGAAAGAAGCCAAAGGAGAGGAGAAGGCGAAGGCAAAGGAGGAGGCAAAGAAGGAGAAGCCUGUGAAAGAAAAGAAGACAGAGAAGAAGACAGAGAAGAAGACAGAGAAGAAGACGGAGAAGAAGGCAGAGAAGAACACGGAGAAGAAGACAGAGAAGAAGACAGAGAAGAAGACAGAGAAGAAGGCAGAAGAGGCAGAGGCAGAGGAAGCGAAAGGCUCCAAACGUCAGAAAACCAUGCAAUGCAAAGUCACCUUACUGGACGACACUCAGUUUGAGUGUGAGCUUGAUAAACACGCUAAAGUCCAAGACCUUCUAACAAAGGUGUGCGACCAUGUCAACCUGCUGGAGAGAGAUUACUUUGGCCUCACUACCCAGGAAUCCUCAACCAACAAAACAUGGAUGGAAUCCACCAAAGAGAUCAGGAAACAGGUUUCAGGUGCUGUGUAUGAGUUUGUAUUCGGCGUGAAGUUCUACCCUCCUGAUCCAGCACAGCUCACCGAAGACCUCACCAGGUACUUUCUAUGUCUGCAGCUGAGGAAGGACAUUAUGCAUGGUGUUCUUCCAUGUUCCUUUGUCACUCUGUCCCUGCUGGGCUCCUAUACGGCCCAGUCAGAGCUCGGAGAGUACGACCCAGAGCUCCACGGGACAGAUUAUGUGAAGGAUCUGAGUUUGGCCCCCGGACAGAGCAAAGAGCUGGAGGACAAGGUGAUGGAGCUGCACCGUACAUACAGGUCAAUGAGUCCGGCCCAGGCAGACAUGUCGUUUCUGGAAAAUGCCAAGAAACUCGCCAUGUAUGGAGUUGACCUGCACCAUGCUAAGGAUCUCGAUGGUGUCGACAUCACGCUGGGGGUCUGCUCUAGUGGUUUGAUGGUUUACAAGGACAAGCUGAGGAUCAACCGUUUCCCGUGGCCCAAAGUGCUCAAGAUCUCUUACAAACGCAGCAGCUUCUUUAUUAAAAUCAGGCCGUCGGAGCAAGAGCAGUAUGAAAGCACAAUUGGCUUUAAACUGCCCAACUACAAAGCCUCGAAGAAGCUGUGGAAAGUUUGCGUUGAACACCAUACCUUCUUCAGGGUUCCAACAGUAGAGCCGCCCUCAUCACGGCGCUUCCUCAUCUUGGGCUCCAAGUUCCGGUACAGCGGGCGCACUCAGGCCCAAACCCGCCAGGCCAGCUCCAUGAUUGACCGCCCGGCCCCUCGCUUCACGCGCUCUGCAAGCAAGAGGCUGUCCCGUAACCUAGAUGGAGCUGGAGAUGAAACUCUCCAGUUCCUGCAAGGACUCUCAGCAUCAACCAGGUCUGAGGUUGAUGAUUGGUCGCUGAUGCUGACGUCUGACAAACCCCAGCCCUCUCCUGAAUUCACAGCCAGAGGGGAGUCUGAGCACAUGUUCAUUGAGUCCGGGGAGGAAGGGCAGUCCGUUCACACAGUCGCAGAAACCUGGCAGGAAACUGAGACUGGGCAGACUGGCUCUCAAACCAUCACCCAGACAGUCAGUGAACCGUGGCAGGAGCUGGCGUCUGAUGAACAAAAGCAGAGGAGCAAAGAGGACGAGUGGUCUGCCGUGCUCCAUCGUCAUCCUCCUUUUCCCUUUGUCCCACCUUUCGAUUUUGUGAAACAGCCAGCUAAGCUCAGCUUGGCAAAAAUUAGGGCUUUGGACCGACUAUUGCGACCAGAUCUGACACAACAAGAUGAUUGGUUCCUUUACUUUGACCCACUCUUCAGCCUGUCCUCGCUUGAGAGUGCUGACAAACCAUUGUCUCCCCUAGCUCAGUUCCAGCUCCAGGAGGAGGAUGAGCAGGGCAGUCGUGUGGCAGAGCAGGAACUGUCCAGUGAGAAGGUCAUUGAGAGGUUGCAGGAAACCGUGAUGUUGGUAGACAAGCUGAAAGAGAAAAAUGUUUUGGAAAGGAGGCUUAGAGAAGUUAGGGAUUUUGAGGAUAGACUCCAAGACAUGGAUGAGAUGGCAGAGCGGCUUCAGGAUGUAAUAGAACAGGAAUUGGGUAAGGAAGAGGUAGAUAAGUUGAGGGAAGAAGAUGGAGAUUCGGAGCAGGGAAGACAAAUACAAGCAGAACGUAUAGUAAAAACCGUCUUAAGGAAAUCUGUGAGUAAAAUAGAGACAAAAGAGGAUGAAGUGGACGAAUUGGAAGAGCAGAUAAAGGAGGUGUUUUUAAAAGGCUUGUUGCCUGAAGAGGAAGAGGUUGAGGUGAAGCAGGAGACUGAAAAAGAGGUGACAGACGACAGUGUGCUUGAUGACAGCUUGAGAGAGAAGCUACGCCAGAUAGAAAAGGAAUGGCGAGACGAGGUGGAGGACAAGUUGAAAUCUUUAUCUUCAGAUGUCACUUCAUCUAUAGUUGCAUACCAGGUGGAGCGUAGGACUAAGAAGAGAGUGACCAUUGUAGAAGAGAGAGGGCGGACGCAGGAAGAAAUGGAAGAUGUGCAGGUACAGCGUGUUGUGAUGUCAGAGGAGAGGAUAGAAAAAGAGAUGACAUGGCGUAAGACAGAAACACUGGAGGAGAUAACUGAGGGAGAAGUUACAGAGAGGCUUCAGACUGAGGAUCAAUCUCAGGGGCCAGAUGAGGAUAUCUGGUUCAUACUUUUUGACCGCCCUCCAUACAAAGCUGUUUUCAAACCACCAGUUACUACUGUGGAACGGGCUGAGGUGGAUGAAGGCGAGUAUUUCACCUCAGAGACUGAGAUUACAACAAUUGAGGAGAAAACGGAGAUUAUAGUAGAAGAGAGAAAAAUAAGAGACGAGGAAGUGUGGCGUAUACCAGAGAUCUCACCACCGCAGACCAUCAUGGAAAGAGAUGAUGACUGGUUUGUGUUGCUGGAUGUUGUUCCCAAAGAAACGCCUUAUGUGCCACCAGUUACCUUGGAUGGAAGAGACCAGAUUGGGGCAGAAAGUUUUGUCUCUGUGGUUGAAACUGCAGCCGAGGAGGAGGAGAUUAGAGAAGUAGUAUCUGAAGAGAGAAAGAUAAUAGAAGAGGCACCAAGACAUCUACAAGAAAUCCCACAAAUGCCAGUGACCGACAGGGAUGAUGACUGGUUUGAGUUGCUGGAUGUUGUUCCCAGAGAAACAUCUUAUGUACCACCAGUUACCUCGAAGGCAGGAGACCAGAUUGGUGCAGAAAGUUUUGUCUCUGUGGUUGGAACUGCAGCCGAGGAGGAGGAAGAGGAGGAGGAGGAGGAGAUUAGAGAAGUUGUAUCUGAAGAGAGAAAGAUAAUAGAAGAGGCGCCAAGAUAUCUACAAGAAAUCCCACAAAUGCCAGUGACCGACAGGGAUGAUGACUGGUUUGUAUUGCUGGAUGUUGUUCCCAGAGAAACAUCUUAUGUACCACCAGUUACCUUGAAGGGAAGAGACCAGAUUGGUGCAGAAAGUUUUGUCUCUGUGAUUGAAACUGCAGCCGAGGAGGAGGAGAUUAGAGAAGUUGUAUCUGAAGAGAGAAAGAUAAUAGAAGAGGCACCAAGACAUCUACAAGAAAUCCCACAAAUGCCAGUGACCGACAGGGAUGAUGACUGGUUUGUGUUGCUGGAUGUUGUUCCCAGAGAAACAUCUUAUGUACCACCAGUUGCUGUUGCAGAGCGUGUUGAAGUGUCCCCAGAAGAACGUGUCUCUCUGGUUAAAAUAACAGUUGUUGAAGUGAGAGAAAAAAGAGUGGAGAUUAUGGCUCCUGUGCUGAGUGAAAAGCAGGUAGAAGCACUGCCACAGGCUGUGAGAGAAAUAGAGGAUGACUGGUUUGUGCUGCUGGAUGUCCCCACUAGAGAACCAUCAUAUGUGCCACCAGUUACCAUGGCUGAGUACGUUCAGGUUUAUCCUGAAGAAAGUGUCUCUACUGUGGUUGAAACAAUACCAGUAGAGUCCAGGAAGGAGGUCGUAGUUGAAGAGAUUGUGGUGCAGAAAGAGGACAGAGGACAGCAGAAAAUAUCGCAGCCAGUCAGAGAAAGAGAUGAUGACUGGUUUCUUCUGCUGGAUGUUGUUCCCAGAGGAGCUGCCUAUGUACCUCCAGUUUUUCUGGCAGCACCGAGUCAGAUUUAUCCAAGUGUUCAACCUCGACGAGUUGAAGUGAUAAGCGUAGAGCGGAAGUUGCAGCAGGUUGAUCUUGAACAGAUUAGACUGCAGCCUUCCCGGCCGCUGCCAGAGAGGGAUGAUGACUGGUUUGUGCUGUUUGAUGCUAUUCGUGAAGAGACAGUCGUACUACCAUCAGCUUCUUUGACUCCGUUUGUGCCAGUUACUGCUGUUGAGAUGAUUCCGGAUAUGAGGAAGACGUUUGAGGCAGAGGUGACCACCACAGAGACUAGAACGUGGAAGAAGAUGAUAAUUGGUGUGGAGAGCAGACAAGAUGAGACACGUCUGUCUGAAAUUAGACCUAGUCAAAUUGCAACGCCGUCAGAGAGAGAAGGAGGAGAUGAUUGGUUUACCCUGUUCGACAUCAUCCGCGAAAAGCCUGUUGUCAUACCACCAGUUGCUGUGGUUGAGCGUAUCUUGGAUGUGGUGGCAGCCACUGAACCAAAACCUAAAUUCAUCAUGGAAGACGUGAGGCCCGCUGUGAAAUCGGUGGUUAAACCGUCACAGCCGAGACCGGUGGAUGAUGACUGGUUUGCGCUGCUAGAUGUUGCAGCAAAAAUAAAACCAGCGGCUGUGGACGAACGUAUUCGUACGCAUCCUGAAGUAAGACCAGCUAAAGAGUUUGCAGCCGUAGAGCAGAAAGCACAGCGGAGAGUUACUAUAGUGGAGGAGACGUGGCCGCAGGAGAAGGUGGUACAGCAGAAACCACGUCCAGCAGUGAGAGAGGUGGAAGAUGAUUGGUUUAUUCUUCUGGAUGUGGUCACUAAGAAAUCAGUCGCUGUCCCUGAACGCAUCCAGUUCCCAGCAGAGAUGAGAGUUCCAGCUGCUGUGGCCCAAGCAAGGAUUGCUAUUCCCGAGAGGAGACCACAGUUUGAGGAACGGAUCCUGGAGGAAAGACGUCCAGUCACACAAACACAUGUCGAUGAUGAUUGGUUUGUUCUACUAGAUGUUGGCCUCAAGGAGUCAGUGGUGAGCACACAGAGGGGCACCCGUCCCGUCAGUGCUCCGGUCUUCUCCCAGGCGGCUCUGGCUGAGGCCGGGAUCCCCAUGGCCCUCCUCGAUCAGCCCCAGACCUCUACUCCAAUCAAGACCAGCCGCCAGGACGAGAGAAAGCUGGAGGUCACUGUAGAAGCUGUGGAGCCCUCAAGAAUCGAAGCUGGGGUCAAGCCAGCAGUGUGGAGGGACCAGAGAGAAGUAAACUCUUCACUGAUAUCCACCAUCAAUGGGGACAUUCAGCACGAGUCUGAGGUGACGAGCUCGGAGGUGGUGCGAAUGCGAAAGAAAAGAGCUAAGAAAAUUGAGGGUGACUCAAUUUAUAUGAGACAUAGCCUUUUAAUGUUGGAGGAGUUCGAUAAGCCUCAGGAGGACCUGCUCAGGCACCAUGCCAACAUCAGUGAGCUGAAGAGGAACUUCAUGGAAACCGCCCCGGAGACCAGACCCAGCGAGUGGGACAAGCGCCUGUCCACGCACUCUCCGUUCCGCACCCUGGGCAUCAAUGGUCAGCCUCUGCCCAGUGCAGAUGGGAGGGUGUGCAUUAGUCUCUUUUGCAAUGGUUCAGAGACAAAGACUGCACACGAGGAAACCAGCAGCAGUUGGGGCUUUUCAGGCAUACCAAGUCCCACUGUGAGCCACAGGAGUGAGCCUGAUGGUGUCGAAGCCCACGGUGCUCCAGUUGAGGAACAGUCAUGUGAUCGGGAAGAGGUUGUAGUUUUGGAGACCUCUUUGGUGCCCGUUGUAGAGGUGAACAUGGCGCAGCUGCCUCCCUCCUUCGACCACUGCUUUAAAGCUUUAGAUGGGAUCCAGGAGGAAGAAGAAUCGUGUCCUGAACUGUCGGAGCACCCUGGAGAGAUAGUUGGAUCUUCUCCAGCUGCUUAUUUCAGGAGCGACGGUCCACAGGUCGUACGCUGCUUCCAGCCCCCUCUGGUGCAGACCAAGACAGUCACCAUCACAGCUGUCUCCACCUCCUUACCCAGUGGCAUCUCCACCACAGAAGUCCCUAUCGUCCAGACCAAGACCGUCAUCUAUGAGCCUUCAAAGGUGGCAGUUGAUGGGACAGAUGAAGACAAAGAUAACACAACUUCGGCCAGCUCCAAGAGCGUUACCUCAGAGACCACCAGUGGCACCACAGUCACCACCACUACCACUCACAUCUCAAAGGUAGUGAAAGGCGGAUCUUCGGAGACUCGUGUGGAGAAAAGAAUUGUCAUAACUGCAGACUCUGACAUCGACCAAGAUAAGCUCGCCGGGAAGAGAAUAGACACAGCUCCCAGAGACAGCUGAGGCCUGUACUACGAAGCAGGAUUUGGUGUUAUAGCGAGGAGAAAGACCGCGGAGCAUCAGCAUUGUAACUGAAUCACCACCUGCAUUUAUUCCUUUGACUCUCCACCUUCCGACACACACUGGCCAGCUCUAUCUACGCACACAUGUAUCCAAAAUGAAAUAUCUCAUAAAUCUGCACCUAAUUUGAUGGAUAACUGAGUAGAAUCAUCUUAGUAGAUCCUCUUUGUUUUUUUCAGUUGUAGGUAGAGGGCGGCUGCACAGUGCUUUUAUUGGUUAAAAAAAAACAGCAUUUUUCAGUUGAGUGAUCUCAGUUAUGUUUUGCUUUUAAAUGCUUUUAUUUCCCUAGUGGUUUUUACAUUGUUGAUUUUAUACAAAUGCACUGUUUCCAUUCUAGUUUAGACACCAUUAUCAGCAUUUAUUCCCUUGGUGCGGCUAGGGGAACGUUAAGACUACAUUCAAGGGAACCGUUUUUGUUGUUGUUGUUUACUUGUUUAUUUAAUUCAGGAGAGACAUUUUUUAAAAACGGAAAAUGACAUACCUCGCAUCAAUAUGUGAACAAAGAUAUUCUGUGCUCAAAUUCGGACAGUCGUUUGGCUUAGGUCACUGCUCAGGUACAAAAACUUAAAACAUCUUUUCUUCCCUAACCAGCCAAGAACCAGCAGCCUACACAUUAUUGUAAAGUUUGAAUUUUAAAAAAUGGAUCUAUUUUGAAAUAUUUCUCUAUUUUAUAGACUUGAUGCUUUUAUAGUAUUUGUACAAAUUUGAGGUUUUUAAGUUAUUCAUCCAUCUGCUCAUUAAAUUGUAGGUUACCAUUGUGCUGUUUACUGAAUUUUGAGGUCUCUACUUAAGACCAGUUUACCUGUCUUGCCUGACACUCUGAAUCAUUCUUAUUCGUUUCCUCUUGUAGUCCACCAAGUUUAUCAAACCUUUCACAAUUUCCACAUGUCAACGGAGUGCUUCCCUCGGCCCUAUGUUUUUGUUCAGUAGCAUAGAAGUCAUAAUUGCUUUGAAUAUAUUUGGUUGAUAAGAAAAGUUUUACAAGCUUCGGUCUGUUUAUCUCAGGUUUUGAUAUUCUUUAAGACUACAGACUUCCAUAUGAUUGUACGAGGAAUGUCCAUAUAUGUAUAUCCAUCCCUACUUUAAAUGUACAUUUAUGUUCAGCCAAGUGAGGUCAAUAAAUGCAAAGCUUGUCUGUCACAGUAAACCACACGUGUAAGAGGUGAAGGCAGCUGUCCCAGUGUACGUGGCUUUUCUCUCAUAGGAGCACAAGUUGUCUUUUUUACAUGUUCUACUAUACAGUAAUUUAUUUGUAAAGUAGGAACUGUCUCGUGUGAUUCGAUGUACUGUGAUGUUUCAACACAAGCUGGUUUCCAGGCUUCCACUAGAGAUGUCACAAUGUUAAAUAUUGCAUUAAUUAUCAACCAAGUUUGUAAAGCCUUUUUACCACAUAGUCUACAUAGAUUGCUUUCUCACUUGCUGUUUCCUGUGCUUUUCCAUAGAAGAGAAGAUGCUUAAAAUAUAAGAAUCCCUUUUUAGAUAGCAUGUUUGUUAGCAUUUUUUUUUUUUAAAACCCAAAAAGAAGCCAUUGGUAUUGUAGCUACAUGGACAACAACAGAAACCUCUCCUGGAAGAAAAAUGUAGAAUUUCACAUGAAGAAAAAUAGUUUUUAGACAAUGGAAAAUAUUGUUGCUUUGUGACUUCUCCCUGU